AUGCCCAUCUCUGAAUACGUCAACCGUUCCAUGCAAGAGGGCGGUUGGAUCCGUCGCAUGUUUGAGGUGGGUAUCGCCCUGAAAGCGCAAUACGGCGAGGACAAUGUUUUUGACCUCUCCCUGGGGAACCCGAUCAUGGAGCCGCCGGCCGCGUUCCACGCCGAGCUGCUCCGCAUCGCGCAAUCGCCCGCGCCGGGGAUGCACCGCUACAUGCCCAACGCCGGCUAUCCCGAGACACGCCAGGCCGUCGCCGACACCCUGGCGAGUGAGACGGGUCUGCCCUUCGGCGCGGGCGACAUCGUCAUGACCUGCGGCGCGGCCGGCGCGGCCAACGUGGUCCUUCGCGCGAUCCUCAAUGCCGGGGACGAAGUGAUCAUCCUUUCGCCUUUCUUUGCCGAGUACAUCUACUACAUCCAGAACCACAACGGCGUACCGGUGAUCGUAUCGACGACGCCGGAGUUUGACCUGGACGUUGCCGCCGUCGAAGCGGCCAUCACACCGAGAACCCGGGCCGUGAUGCUCAAUUCACCCAACAACCCCUCCGGCGUGGUUUACCCAGAGACCGACAUCGCCGCCCUUGCCGACGCGAUCACGCAGGCCGAGGAGCGGUACGGCUCGGAGAUUUUCAUCAUCAGCGACGAGCCAUACCGGCGCAUCAUCUAUGACGAUAUGACCUACCCGCAGGUCUUCCCGCACUACGAGCGGACCAUCGUGGUCAACUCCCAUGCCAAGGACCUGGGGCUGCCGGGCGAGCGCAUCGGGCACAUCGCCAUCCACCCGGGUUACGCCGGCAAGGCCGAGCUGUUCGACGGCCUGGUCUUCUGCAACCGGGUGUUGGGGUUUGUGAACGCGCCGGCCCUGAUGCAGCACGUGGUUCGCGCCGUGCAGGACGCGUCGGUGGACGUGGGCGAGUACCAGCGCAAGCGGGACUUUCUCUACGACCGGCUCACCGGCAUGGGCUACUCGGUGGUAAAACCCCAGGGCGCGUUCUACCUGUUCCCGCGUUCGCCGCUGGCCGACGACGAAGCGUUUGUCGCAGCCCUGCAGGAAUACAACGUAUUGGUCGUACCCGGCAAAGGGUUCGGAACGCCGGGCCACUUCCGCAUCUCGUACUGCCUGGAAGACCGCGUACUUGAAGGGGCGAUGGACGGCUUCGCCCGCGCCGCCGAGCAGUACCUGGGCUAG